UUUUAAAGACACUGCAAAAGAGCUAAAUCCAGAGAAUUUCGGUGAAACCACUCCAUUGCCAAAACCUCAGAAUGAUCUUACUAACAAGCUGGAUAUCAGUCCUAACAACAUUUCUUCUUUCCUUACAUUUCUGGAGAGCAAAGGUCUAUGCCUCUGGAAAUUCAGAGGAGGAAAUAGAUUUCACAUAUGUUAUCAUAGGAGUUACUCUGGGAACCUUUCUAUCAGUUGCUUUUGUAGCAGUAAUAAUCUGUAUGAUCAGAAAAAAUAUGCUUGACAAUGCCUUUGGAGAAUCAGAUGGCAAAAUGGAUAGAAGGUCAAAUAUGGGAUCAAGUCAGAACAGAGAAGAUGCCAACAUAUCAGGGCAAAAAAGUACAAAUGAUCAAUAAUCCUUUUGCAAUCAACAGUUACCUAGUCUGAGGAUCAAUGGAAGUCUCUUGGCCACAGGCAGGAAUCUCACCAACAGCAAUUCCUUUGCUUGUUCUGUAAUUGAAAGACUGACUGAUUGAUUACAGGAAGAGUUUACAGUGUAUACUAACUUCAGUCAUCUGCGCACAAAAAGCCUGCAAUCCCCAAUACUACGGAUAUGAACAAAAUGUAUGAGGAAAAUAGAAAAGAUGACAUCUGCUCAUUAAUAGGCCCUGUUUAGCCUGGGAUAAGUAUAUGAUUGAUUUCUAAAAUCAAUUAAAUCCAGAGUAUUCAAAAAGCUAGCAAUACAUUUCAACAGAAUUCAUAGCCACACUCAUACUUCCAGUAAGGCAAAUCAUGAAUGAAGUGACUCAGAAAAUCAGUCAUCUGAGGUCAAGCAAAGCAAGAUUUCUCAAGUUUUUCAGGAAAAAAGUUUUGCGUUGAUCUAAAAAUAUUUCAUUCACGCUAAAGUGAUAUCUCUUUUUAGCUUUAGGAUUGGCUUAUUUUGUUUAACUUUAGGCCAUGAUGCUAAUUUCAGUCACUUCAAAUGAACUGGGGUCAUUUAAAAUGAAAAAUAUCACUUUGAAGUUUUAACAUUUUGAUUUUAGAACCUUGAAAUCAAAACAGUUUUUUAUACCCCAGAUAAAAAGUUUCUGGACAUCUGAAAUGAAACAUUUCAUCUCAACAUUCUACAAACGAGCUAAGCGGACAUUUCCAAAGUCACCCUAUCCUUAUUUUUAAUAUAAAAUAAUUCACUCAGAUAAAUAAAUUCAAUCAGAACUAAAUCCAGCCUCCCACCCCUCCAUUCUUGUUUUAGCUUCGUAUAUUCUGUUGAGUCUGUAUUCAUCAAAACUGCUUUGCCCAGCUCCAAUUACAAGCCCUUUACAGGACGAGUGACAAGAAGAAAAAUGAGAGCUUUGUCUCAGAACAUUUUAAAUAGUUUAAAUAAUUUUAAAUUGAUUAAACCCACACUAUUUUGUAAACACACCCCAACUUUUACAAAAAGGCUAUGGUCUUCAUCUCAGUUAAGAAAAUAACUCUAUAGAUGCAGAUUCUUCCUAUUCCGUUGGUUGUAAGCCACUUCUUUCAAAAGUUCAGCAAUUCACCUAAAUGCUUCAUCAUAACAGAUAUUAUCAUCACAAGGUUCAAGAAAAGCAGCAAGUUUUUUGUGUUUCAAACCAGGAUUUACUUUCAGCUCCUAAAGACAGGGCAGCACGUGUCCGCUGCGGGUGCCCUGGGAGCAGAGCUGGCACAACGUGCAUGCCGAGCGGCCUCUGCUGUUCUCACCACUCUCAGAAAACCCAGCAGGAGCCAGAGGCUUGAAAGACUCAGGUAGAUGGCUUGCACAAAAUUAGAUAAUGUCACAAUAUUGCACAUAGCUGCAAUACAUUCUGCAUUGCAGGAUGACUCCAAAGGGGACAUGCUAUUUUACUGAAUCUCUAGCCAGAUCUGAAGACCACAAACUGUAAAUAAAUCUAAGCUUUUAGCUCAAGUUGCUAUCUGUGGGCAUGUGGAUUUUUUAAUCUGUCAUCUAGCAUCCGUUCCUAAGGUUAACUUGUGAGUCAGUUUCUCCUCGCAGUUACACUAAUCUCAAAUCAAAAUAAAUUAAUUUUUUUCCAGUUCUUUGCCACCAUAAUAUAGCAAAAGUCAUUCAAUUUAGGAAAAAAGUGAUUGUUAAACUGAAGUCCAACCUGGAAGCUGUGUGUCUUAUCAAGAAAUAUGACUUGAAAAAAAUGUGGAAACCCGGGCCCCCAUCCAAUAAUCAACUUUCAGACUGUGAACAGCCGCAGUUAGCCCCACAGGCUAGAGGCAGAGCUGAUGUGCUGAGCCAGGGGCUUAGGGUCAGCGCACUGCCAGAUCAUAAGAACAGAUAUCUCAAGAUUUUGUUUCUAUGAAGAAUAAACUACCAACUUGUUAUUGUAACUGAAAAGAUUUUUUUUUCUGAGUUUAGCAAACCAGGUAAUUUUCCAAAUGUGAAAAGGAAGGUAUGUUAUAUUUUCCCCCAUAUUUUAGAUAACAAGAUGUAAAGUUUAUUUCACAGAAAAGUGAUAUAUUGGAAUGAUUUGCCUGUAUUCCCUAGGUGUCUGUUACCCAAUUCAGUAACACUGCAGUUCAUUAGCAGCAUUUGCUAACAGAUAAACUAAAGCUGUAAUGUGAUACUUGUAAGUAAUUGUGUAUGCGUACAUGUGUAAGUGAAUAAACCAUCUUGUAAGGUA